UUUACAGGUGUUUUUUGUUCAGAAUCUCUGCUUUAGAAUCAAGACCUCAUUUUCUUGAGGAAGCUGGAAAAGACUAAAAUGAUGGAAAGUCACAGUUUCUUGGUGUUUUCGGUGGUCUCUGUGUUCGGUGUUCUGCCCACGCUGGUUGAAAGUACUCCUGUUUCUCAGGAUGGUCUUCCAACAGACUGCUCUGAUGUUUAUGCUAGCGGGCAAAAAGUCAGUGGCGUGUACACAAUCUACCCUACAGCAGAUACACCUGUCCAGGUCUACUGUGAUAUGGGCUGUCUGGGGAGCAAAGCUGAAGAUGGGUUUUGGACGGUGAUUCAGAGGAGAAUGGACGGCAGUGUGAACUUCUACAGACCAUGGGAACACUACAAGAAAGGGUUUGGGGACAAGUAUGGAGAAUACUGGCUGGGAUUAGAAAACAUCUACCAGCUCACACACAAGAGGAAAUACGAGCUGAAGGUGGACCUGCAGGACUUUGAUGGAGCAACAGCUUUCGCUCGCUAUUCCUCCUUCUCUAUAGACUCUGAAGCUGAAGGCUACAAACUGCAUGUUAGUGGUUUCAUCAACGGAAGUGCAGGUGAUUCUCUGGCUCUCCACAAUGGACAGAAAUUCUCCACCUUUGAUAAAGACCAGGACUCGAAUGCAAAUGGGAACUGUGCUAAAUCCUACCUCGGGGCUUUUUGGUACAACAACUGCCACCAAGCUAAUCCUAACGGGAUUUACCUGUGGGGACGGGAUGGGACUCUGUUUGCCAUCGGAGAUGUUUGGUACACCUGGAAAACCUAUGAUUAUGGUCUCAAGUCCAUCGCUAUGAAGAUCAGACCUGUAGCAGAAUGAUGAGUUUCUCUUUAUUACAUCAUUGUUCUUCAUGUUGUUCUUUUCCUUUCUUUCAUUCACAUUUAGAGACAGAAGGAAAACACAAAUAUAUCAAUAAAUAAGAAAUAAAAGAAUAUGCUA